GCCCAGAGAUCAGAUCCCUAGUACCUCUGCGCUCUGUCCCUCGAGGCGUCGGUCUGACCCCCCAGUCCCGGUGCCCUUGCCUGUUCCUGCUCCAGCUGCAGCCCCCCGGGGGCCCUGACCAGGAGCCAAGAUGAGCUGUUUUACCUUCCUGAAGGUCAUCAUGAUCAUCUUCAACUUUCUCAUCUUCCUCUGCGGCGCAGCCCUGCUGGGAGUGGGAAUCUGGGUGUCUGUGGACGGCCCCUCCUUCCUGAAGAUCUUCGGCCCCGUGUCGGCCAGCGCCAUGCAGUUUGUCAACGUGGGCUACUUCCUGAUCGCGGCGGGCUGUGCCCUGCUGGUGCUCGGCUUCCUGGGUUGCUACGGGGCCCAGAAGGAGAGUAAAUGCCUCCUGUUGAUGUUUUUCUCCAUCCUCCUCAUAAUAUUCAUCGCCGAGAUAGCCGCUGCUGUGGUGGCCCUGGUCUACACCUCAAUG